AUGUAGGGUUUGUCGCUCAGAAGGAACACCUGAGAAACCUCUUUAUCACCCUUGUGUAUGUACUGGCAGUAUUAAAUUUAUCCAUCAAGAAUGCUUAGUUCAGUGGCUGAAACACAGUCGAAAAGAAUACUGUGAAUUAUGCAAGCACAGAUUUGCUUUCACACCAAUUUACUCCCCAGAUAUGCCUUCACGGCUUCCUAUCCAAGACAUAUUUGCUGGACUGGUUACAAGUAUUGGCACUGCAAUACGAUACUGGUUUCAUUAUACACUUGUGGCCUUUGCAUGGCUGGGAGUUGUUCCUCUUACAGCAUGCCGCAUCUACAAGUGCUUGUUUACUGGCUCCGUGAGCUCACUGCUGACACUGCCGCUGGACAUGUUGUCCACGGACAAUUUAUUGGCAGAUUGUUUGCAGGGUUGUUUUGUGGUGACUUGCACGCUAUGUGCUUUCAUCAGCCUGGUGUGGCUGCGAGAGCAGAUAGUCCACGGCGGGGCGCCGAUUUGGCUGGAGCACGCUGCCCCGCCCUUCAACGCUGCUGGGCACCACCAAAAUGAGGCUCCGGCAGGAGGCCAUGGUGCUGAAAAUGCUGCCCCCGACCAGCCCGCAAAUCCGCCAGCUGAGAAUGCAGUGGUGGGGGAGAACCCCGACGCGCAGGAUGGCCAGGCCGAAGAGGAGGAGGAGGAAAACGAGGAGGACGACGACGCAGGUGGCGAGGACGUGGCGGAUGCCAAUAAUGGCGCUCAGGAUGACAUGAAUUGGAAUGCUCUAGAAUGGGAUCGGGCUGCAGAAGAGCUUACGUGGGAAAGAAUGCUAGGACUUGAUGGAUCACUAGUCUUUCUAGAACAUGUCUUCUGGGUGGUGUCUUUAAACACGCUGUUCAUUCUUGUUUUUGCAUUUUGUCCUUACCACAUCGGUCAUUUCUCCCUUGUUGGUUUGGGAUUUGAAGAACAUGUCCAAGCAUCUCAUUUUGAAGGCCUGAUCACAACCAUAGUUGGGUAUAUACUUUUAGCAAUAACACUGAUCAUCUGCCAUGGUUUGGCAACUCUUGUUAAAUUUCACAGGUCCCGUCGAUUGCUGGGCGUCUGCUACAUAGUUGUUAAGGUGUCGCUGUUGGUGGUAGUAGAGAUUGGCGUGUUCCCGCUCAUUUGUGGCUGGUGGCUGGAUAUCUGCUCCUUGGAAAUGUUUGAUGCUACCUUGAAGGAUCGAGAACUGAGCUUUCAGUCAGCUCCAGGGACGACCAUGUUUCUGCACUGGCUGGUGGGAAUGGUCUAUGUAUUCUACUUUGCCUCCUUCAUCCUGUUACUGAGAGAGGUACUUCGACCUGGUGUCCUGUGGUUUCUAAGGAAUUUGAAUGAUCCAGAUUUUAAUCCAGUACAAGAAAUGAUCCACUUGCCCAUUUAUAGGCAUCUCCGAAGAUUUAUUUUGUCAGUGAUUGUCUUUGGCUCCAUUGUCCUGCUGAUGCUCUGGCUUCCCAUACGCAUAAUCAAGAGUCUGCUGCCGAAUUUUCUUCCGUACAAUGUCAUGCUCUACAGUGACGCCCCCGUGAGCGAACUGUCCCUUGAGCUGCUUCUGCUUCAGGUUGUCUUGCCGGCGCUACUUGAACAGGGCCACACGCGGCAGUGGCUGAAGGGGCUGGUGCGCGCCUGGACGGUGACCGCUGGGUACUUGCUGGAUCUUCAUUCCUACUUACUGGGAGACCAGGAAGAAAACGAGAACAGUGCGAACCAACAAGUGAACAAUAACCAGCACGCUCGGAACAACAAUGCUAUCCCCGUGGUGGGGGAGGGCCUGCACGCAGCCCACCAAGCCAUACUCCAGCAGGGAGGGCCUGUCGGCUUUCAGCCGUACCGCCGGCCCUCACACUUCCCGCUCAGGAUCUUUCUGUUGAUUGUCUUCAUGUGUAUAACCUUGCUGAUCGCCAGCCUCAUCUGCCUUACUCUACCAGUAUUUGCCGGCCGUUGGUUAAUGUCAUUUUGGACGGGGACUGCCAAAAUCCACGAACUCUACACAGCUGCGUGUGGCCUCUAUGUUUGCUGGCUAACCAUAAGGGCAGUGACCGUGUUGGUGGCCUGGAUGCCCCAAGGACGCAGAGUGAUCUUCCAGAAGGUUAAAGAGUGGUCCCUCAUGAUAAUGAAGACUCUGAUCGUUGCGGUGCUGCUGGCUGGGGUUGUCCCCCUCCUCCUGGGGCUUCUGUUCGAGCUGGUCAUUGUCGCUCCCCUGCGAGUCCCCUUGGAUCAGACUCCUCUUUUUUACCCAUGGCAGGACUGGGCACUUGGAGUCCUGCAUGCCAAGAUCAUUGCAGCGAUCACACUGAUGGGCCCACAGUGGUGGCUCAAGACCGUGAUUGAGCAGGUGUAUGCCAACGGCAUCCGGAACAUUGACCUCCACUAUAUCAUCCGUAAGCUGGCAGCCCCAGUGAUCUCCGUGCUCCUGCUUUCCCUGUGCGUCCCUUACGUCAUUGCGUCUGGUGUCGUUCCUUUACUCGGUGUUACUGCAGAAAUGCAAAACUUGGUUCACCGGCGGAUCUACCCCUUUUUACUGAUGGUCGUGGUGUUGAUGGGCAUCCUGUCCUUCCAGGUCCGCCAGUUUAAGCGCCUUUAUGAACAUAUUAAAAAUGACAAAUACCUGGUGGGCCAGCGCCUCGUGAAUUACGAGCGGAAAUCCGGCAAGCAGGGCGCAGCUCCGCCGCCAGCGUCAUCCCAGGAAUAAAGGGUCUCCGGCCCCUGACCUUCCCUUGCCGUUGCGUGUCCUUUCUUGUGGACUUCUCUCUUUGGAGACUUUCCCGGUGAUCUCUCAGCAUUGUUUUAAGUUAAAUGUAUUUGACUCGCGUGCUCGGCACUCGGAGCGCAGCCGUGGAAGGCUCUGCUGCCUUUCUGCAUCUUCUGAUGUCGCCGCUGGCUGAGCUCUGUACAUGUGUAAAUAAGGAGUUCCUGGAUACCCCGAAACUUUGGAUUAAACAGAAUGUGCAUUGUACAUCUUUAAA